GGCUGCUACCGCCAGCCAGCUGAAGAUUGAACUCCUACUGCAUUUUUACUCUAGCGUUAUGAUGUUAUUGGCUCAUGAAAUUGACAAAAUUGACAAAACGUGACAGUACAGUUAGAAGAGCCAUUGCAUCGUUGGACCAGUUGAGCGUGAUUGAAUAAGAAACUACAAACGCGGAAGCGUCGCGUCUUUUAAGGUGGAACGGAUAGCGUCAAUAAGAAGCUGCGAAUAAGAGGCUGGAUUCAGCCUCAUGCAGAAAAGUGCAUAUUAUAAUGUGUCUAUGGAUCUAUGUUUUUUAAUAAACACAGAGCAUUGUUUGACUGUUGAUAAAACUGAAGUUCAAUAGGGGGAAUGCGUGAUGCACGGUCUGUUGAUCUGUUGUAACGACGCAGGCUUAUACUUUCACUUUCAUUUUGAGACGUGUCCUAUACUGCCUAUAUCAAAGUCCUGAUUGCCAUUUAGCUGUCAAGAAAAGACGAGCAAUUGGAACCGAAGAAACAAAUUGUCAUCAUGAGACGCAGUUCACGUAGGCCUAAGUCCUCAGAGCUGAGGAUUGUACUUCUGGGUGCAAAAAAUGCUGGGAAGAGUUCAGCAGGAAAUACUAUCCUGGGUAAAAAGGAAUUUAACUUGAAAAAGACUUUGCAUUGUGUGGAGAUACACAGUGAAAUAGCUGGCACGAAGAUCACUGUGGUUGAUACUCCAGGCUGGUGGGGAAAUUUACCCUUUAAAGAAAAUCCUGAACUGUACAAACAGGAAAUUGUCCUGAGUGUGACUAAAUGUCCUCCAGGACCUCAUGCCCUGCUCCUGGUCUUAAAUGUGGAUGCAUUAUUUCAACAAAAUAAAAAAGAUGUUCUAUGUGACAACAUGAAACAUUUUGGUGAGGAAAUAUGGAGGCACACAAUAGUGUUGUUCACCAGUGAAGAUCAUUCUGGAGAUAAAACAACUCAAGUGUUGGAGAAUGAAACCCUCCAGUGGCUCAUUGAGAAAUGUGGGAACAGAUAUCAUGUUCUCAAUACUAAAAAUUGGGGUGAUGGAUCUCAGGUCACAGAUCUGCUUAAGAAAAUACAGGAGAUGGUCGAAGAAAACAGAGGCGGCCAUUAUGAAAUAGACAGAGAGAUUUGGCAAGAUGUGGAGGAGAAGAGGAGAGAACAGGAAAAGAGAGCAGAGGAGAGAAGGACAAAGAAUCAGCAACUGAAAGAAAAGACAAGUGCAGGAGAUGAAAAUCCACUCUCAGAGCUGAGGAUGGUGCUGCUGGGAUAUAAUGGAUCUGGGAAGAGUUCAGCAGGAAACACCAUCCUGGGAAAAUCUGCUUUUGAUUUAAAAAGAUCACUUAUAUCUGUGAUUCGAGGAGGAGAUGUUGCUGGGAGACACAUUACUGUGGUUGAUACUCCAGGCCGAAGAAGAAAUUACUGUUCAAAAUACACCCCUAAACUCUUUAAAGAUGAGGUUGUGUUGAGUCCAUCUCACUGUCCUCCAGGACCUCACGUCUUUCUCCUGGUCAUACGAGCGGAUGUUUCUUUCACUGAAGUGUACAGAAGGGCAGUAGAGCAACAUGUUGCCUUUCUUGGUGUAAAUGUCUGGAAUCACAUGAUUGUUCUCUUUACCUUUGGCGACUGGUUGAGAGACACAAGCAUUGAGCUGUUCAUUGAGAGUGAAGGAGAAGCUCUUCAGUGGAUAAUAAACAAAUGUGGAAACAGAUAUCAUGUCUUCAAUAACAAGAACAAAGAUGAUAAUAAUCAAGUGACUGAGCUGUUUGAAAAGAUUGAUAAGAUGGUUGCAGGAAACAAAGGAUGCUGCUUUGAGAUAAACAAUACGAAUUUACAAGACGUGAAAAACAGAAGGAUAAAAGUAGAGGAAAGAGCAAAACAGAUGCACGAUGAAGUACAAAAAAGAAAUGAAUUGAGACAUUCAACAUCAGGAGAACUUUCUGAAAUGAGGUUGGUGUUGUUGCCAUACUGUUCCUUCAAGAAGUCAACAGGGAACACAAUAUUGGGUAAAAAGGCAUUUGUAACGAGGAGAUCAGAAGAGAGUUUAAAAGAAGUUGGGGAUGUUGCAGGAAGGAAGCUCACUGUGGUUUACACCCCAGGUUUCGAGAAAGAUUACCUCAUUGGAAAAAGACUUGAGGACGCUAAACUCAACAUCUUGAGAAGUGUAACAGAAGAGUCCUCUGGAACACAUGCUUUCAUUUUGGUCUUAUGUGUUGACUGUUCCUUUGCAGAGGAAGAGAAGAGCGCACUAGAGAAAAUUAUGGAAUGUCUCGGUGAAAAUGUCUGGAAUCACACACUGGUUCUGUUUGCUGGUAAAGAUGAGCUACAAGACACUCGCAUAGAGUUAUUCAUAGCAAGUGAAGGUGACGCUCUGCAGUGGCUCAUUGAGAAAUGUGGGAACAGAUAUCAUGUUCUCAACGAUAAAAACUGGGGUGAUGGAUCUCAGGUCACAGAACUGCUGGAGAAGAUUGAGGAGAUGGUGGCAGGAAACAGAGGACGUCAUUAUGAUCUAGACAGAGAGAUUUUACAACAUAUGGAAGAGAAGAGAAGACAACAGGAAAAGGGAGCAGAAGAAAGGAUGAAAAAUCAGCUUCAGGUUGAUAGAACAGUUCCUGUUCCCAUAAAAAAAAAAAAACGAAGUAUGGAUAUCCCUUUAAAUUUUGCUGGAGGAUGCAGUUCUUUCUCAGAAAGUUCAGCAUAUUUAUCCGCAAGCAUCUUAGAUGCACCUGAAAAGCACCAUUUCCACAAGUCACACCGUUCAGAAAUGACCUCUGGAUUGGAGUCUCUUCAUUCUUUUCCAGAUUCUGAUGGAGAAUCUUAUUCAGAAUGAUACACGCCGAAGUAUAUCUUUGUAUAUAUUAUUUAGCUCGGCAAUGCCAUAUAAAUCAUGAGAAAAGACAAAAUUAUUUCUAAAUAGAUUAACCCUCAUGCACUGUUCGAUUUCUGGCGACUCCCUGUAUGGUCCGGGUCAAAUUGACCCUAAUUGGAUUCAAUACAAAUCCCCAAAAAUAACACUGAAAAAAAAAAAAAAAAAAAAAAAAAAAAACAUACAAUCAUGCUUAAAUAAUUAACAUUUAAUAUCAAUACUUUUCACACAUUACAAAGAAUAAAUACCUGAAUUUAUGAUUUAUAAAAAUAUUUUUAACCACUAUUUUUAAGACUGCCCCUCCCCACACCUGUGGGACAUUUACCAUUAUACAUUAAUAACAUUAAUAUCUUAGUCUAAACCUAAAGUAAUCUGGACAAACUAUAUAUCGUUUUAAAGCUUUCAGACUCUAGUUUUCAUACUUGGUGACUGAUUUUCAAAAGAAAUGACAGAGCAUGGAUAAAUAGCGAUAGAUUCUUCAUUUGUGAUGUGGUGCCAAACUAUAACACAUGCUCAGAUUUUUCCCGUAUGUAUUUUGUGUUUUAGAGAUCGAAUUCAAAUCAAAUAUUAACAUUACUGCCCAAACUUCUUCUGAAUAGGAUGCCUACUUCAUAAAUAUUUUGAAAAGUAUGGAAAAAUAUGGUUCAGAUCACUCAAACCAUAUAUGGAAAUCGAAGUUUCACCGGUUUCAGCCUGGAUGUCAUCUAGGGAAAAAGUUUGGUACUGCACACAAAAAAUCUUACUGAAACU